AUCUAGUACUUUCACAAGACAUCAGCCUUUUCAUUUGCAUUUGUAAUAGUCGCAUCAAAGGCAAAAUGGUCAAAAUGCGGAUUUUAUCACUUUUAAUCUGUAUUGGAUUUGUACUUCAAAAUGCGGAGUGUACGCCAUUCAUUGCCGAUUGCGGCGCUACUGGGUUCGCGCUUGGUGGUUUAGGAGUGUUCAUUCGCAACAUUGCUGAUGUCUGCUCAUACUACCGCUGUAACUACAACCCCAUUACCAACUCCAUAAUCCCUGUCCCUGUUCUCUUCUCAUGCCCACCUGGCACUUCAGUUCCAGUCGGUCUUACAUUUGGAUUGUUUACACCCUGUACUCAGUUCAAUAGUGCUUGCCCUGCCCGUGCUACUGCUGCACCAACACCUGCGCCAACAACCACAACCACAGCUGCACCAACAACAACCUCAACAGCUGCACCAACCACCACUACCACCACAGCUGCACCAACUACAGUCACCACAGCUGCACCAACUACAGUCACCACAGCUGCACCAACUACAGUCACCACAGCUGCACCAACUACAGUCACCACAGCUGCACCAACUACAGUCACCACAGCUGCUCCAACAACAUCUACUACCGCUGCUACAACAGCUGCUACAACCACCACAACCGCUGCUACAACAGCACCUUCUACAACCACCACCGCUGCUACAACAGCACCAUCAACAACCACCGCAACAACCACGGUUGCAUCCACAACCACCACGGCUACAACUGCUGCACCUACUACUGUAACAACAGCUGCACCUACUACUGUAACAACUGCCGCUCCUACUACCACAACCUCUACAGCUGCUCCCACAACAACAACAAUUGCAACAACUGUCGCCACAACAACCAUUCCUGACACAGGAUGUCCAUUCGCUCUGCAAAAGACCACAUCUGCCAAUCGUUUCGGGGGAUCCCUUGUGGCUAGUGCUACAACAGAAGAAGCAUGCAAAUUGUACUGUCUCAUCACACCCUCUUGCCAGGCUGUCGACUUUGAUACUCUGUUGAACCAGUGCUACCAACACACUACAACUGGAACUGCCUCCAGCAACGCCUGUUGCAACCAUUACGCCAAGACAAGCUGUCUCUCCACCACAACCGCUGCUCCCACAACUACAACCGCUGCCACAACAUCUAUGUCCACUUCCACUGCUACGACAACUGCAACUACAGCUUCUACCACAGCUGCUACAACUGCCACCACCACCGCUGCUACCACCGCUACUACAGCAACAGUCACAGCUACCACCGCUACUGUAGCAACAACAGCUACAACAACUGUCCCAAGUGUUUUCGCUGUCACUGCACCAGCUGAUCUGACAGGUCUCUGCCAAACCAUGGGAAUUACGUUCCAAAAGUAUGAAAACAGCCGACAGGCCAGCGGAUUCUUCGUUGCGCUUUUCGACACCGAGAAUGAGUGUAUUGCUUUCUGCUCCACCAACACCUCUUGCGUUGCUGUGGACUACACCGCGGCUGAUAAAUCCUGUUUCUAUUUCACAUCCACCAACUCGACCUCCACCAGUCCAGUUGUUGGCGUCAACCAUUGGAAGAAAGUGAACUGCUCCGGACUCAAUGAACUAACCUGCUACGAACAUGCAGUCAGUGAUAUGACCGACUCUACAAACUUCGAGUGCAUCAGGAACAGCAGCUCCGCAUACAGCAAUACCAGCGUCUGUACUGGCAUGUGCUACAGUCAGUUCGACGCUGUGGCCAACACCACAAUCGCAUCUAUGUUGGGCGUGACUCGUGGCUGUAUUGAGCGACCCUCAACAAUCAACUUCGACAAGGGCUGUGUCAUGACGAACUCAACCUCUCUGAUAUGCUACUGUGAUACUGACAGAUGCAAUGGAUUGUCCAUCAGUGCCAUCACAACGUGUGCUGGUUAUUAUCCCUUUGAUGGGAAUUCCCUCGACCACUCAGGAAACGCAAGGAACGGACUGGACACCAACAUGGACUACUCUUGUCUUGAUGCCGCAAAUAACUGCUCUGCCCAAUUUUCUGGUGAUUCCUACAUUGAGAUCCCAGGCUUUACAAACAUCAUGUUCGGAGAGGUAACCAACACCUCUGUCAACCAUAGGUUUAGUAUUGCUUUCUGGUACAAACGCACCAACGCCACUGGAGAAUCUGAAGGACUCAUUAACAAUGGCCCAGAUGGAACUUACACAUUCAACAUCGAAUCCCUUGGACAGAACUCUAACGAAUCCCUCAUCUCUGCUGACUUUGCUCCCAUCAACGACACAAGCCUGCAAUUUAUGAACUCCUCUGCUUACCCAAUCAACGUAUGGUAUCACGUGGCUCUCGUAUAUGACGGUUCCUUGACUACUGGAACAAUGCGCCUUUACGUAGACGGUGUCCUGAACAUGCAGAUCAACACCACCAUGGGUAUCCUCAGGACCGGAGUCUACCCAGUGUGUAUCGGCAAGCAGAGAGGAGCUUUCCCAAACCUAAGAGGUUCCUUCUUCCACGGAUUGAUUGAUGAGCUUUGGUUCUUCAACUCAGCUUUGACGAACAAAGAGACAAGCCCCAAUAUUUAUCGGUCCUGAUAAUGUUGGUCAAUAAGACAAGAUUAAGAAAAUGAAGUUGUACUUUUACCAAAGGAGAGUAAACUCGAGAAUAAAAAAAGCAACUGCUGUAAUAAAGUCAAAAACAUAGAUAUUGAGUGCGCCUAGUACCCCGGGCACAAUGCGUUUCAAAGGAAUAUCCAGAACUACUGUAUAUCACAGACUUGAAGAU